AUGGGCUCACGUUACAACGACACCCGCCAGAUCGAUGGCGUUGGCGGCGCAACAAGCGUCACAUCGAAGGUGGCAGUGGUAGCUCCUUCAAGUCGCCCUGGCGUUGAUGUCGACUACACCUUUGUCCAGGUAGCCGUAGGCAAAGAAACCAUCGACAUGAGCGGCAAUUGCGGCAACAUGUGUUCUGGUGUCGGGCCGUUCGCCGUCCAGGAAAAACUCGUGGAGCCUCAGUCUGGCGCACGAACUGUGGAUGUACGGAUUUUCAACACCAACACUUCAAGAACCAUUGUCGAAACUGUACAGAUAGACGAAAAUGGUGAGCUCAAGGAGGACGGCAAUUGUAUCAUUCCUGGCGUCAGGGGCUCCGGCAGCGAAAUCAAGGUUGCGUUCGUUGAUCCGGCAGGGAGCAUGACGAACAAGCUGUUCCCCAGCGGAGUUCGCGCCGAGAAUAUCGUCGUUGACGAAGUGGCAGGCUUGUCGCCUUUCUCGGUAGAUGUAACACUCAUCGACUCCGCGAAUCCAUUCGUCCUGGUAGAUGCCCGAACCACGGCGCCGCUUUUGAAAGGCCAACAGCAGGACUCGCCACUUACCAUCACAGUCACCGAAGCCAUUCGCCAACACGGUGCUGUACUGAUGGGCCUUGCGCCAGAUCUUGAGGCGGCAGCUAUGGUUCGAGGCACGCCAAAGAUAGCCUACGUGUCUCGGCCCGAUCCUUCGCCCUGCUCGCCCUCAGACAUCCAAGUCCUGGCGUACAGUAUGGGAAAACCGCACCCCAGCUUGCAGUUGACCGGCGCAGUGUGUAUUGCAAGUGCAGUCUGCAUGGAAGGCACUGUUGCCAAGAGCGUUGCACGUGGACAGACAUCGGGCGAAAGCGAGGCGCUUACUCCAGAGCGGACUCCCAGCCCACCUGGGACAGCGGCACGGGACAUACAAGAACUCGAAAAGAGAGUUGAUCUGUUGGCGCCGAGCUUAAGCUCUUACAGCACUCAGGUGAUCACAAUCACCCACGGCAGCGGCUCUAUGGAAGUUGAAGUUUGGACCAAGCUAGGGCCAUAUGGCCUCGAAAUCGACCGCUGCAUCGUUUCGAGAACCGCUCGAAGAUUAUUCGAGGGGAAAGUAUUGUACUAUGUCUGA